AUGGAAACUACGCUUAUAAAUGAUGACAUUUUAACAGAGGUUGGUUCGGCAAAUUCUAAUGUAUACUAUGGGAAAUGUAUUGAAUGUGAAAAUGAGCGAAGCAGUUUGGGAUGGUGUAAUGUUUGUGAUGUAAAAAUUCUAAAGGAUAAUUUCAGAAAUUGGAAAAGUGGAAAUCCUAUUACUGACGAAUUUAUCAAGCUUACCCAACUAAGUGCAACCCAGAAUUUAGACUAUCUCGAAUAUAUUGAUUUUGAUCAACUUAUUCUUGUAGAAAACACAAAUAAAGGAGGAGCAUUUAGCACAAUCUAUUCAGCAUUUUGGUUGGAAGGUCCUAGAUGGAUUUGGGAUGAAGAAGCUGAUCAAUGGACACGCAAUGGACCUAUAAAAGUUGCCCUUAAAAUACUUAAUGGAUCAUCAAGUAUGAAUGAGGAAUAUUUGAGUCAACUUUAUAAAUAUCGCUGUCUACUAAAUAUACACAUUGCAGAAGUAUUCGGAAUAACUAGAGAUAAUACUUCAAAUUUUAUACUUGUCAUGAAAUAUUACGAUAACGAAGAUUUACAUUCAUAUCUUGAUAAUGUAAAAGGAAUGCUUUGUUGGAGAGAUAUUGUUGAAUUACUUUGGGGAAUAUCUGAAGGCAUAAACAAAAUUCAUGAAAAAGGAUUAAUUCAUGGACAUCUUCACGGAGGCAAUCUGUUAAUAGAAACAUCUUCUGAUUCAGUAGAAGCACGUGUCAGUGAUGUGGGAUUACAUUUUCCUCUGGAUAAAGCAAAUUCAAAUAUAAUAUAUGGAGUUCUUCCUUAUGUUGCUCCUGAAGUUUUACGAGGGAAUCCAAUAAAAAAGGCCUCCGACAUUUUUAGCUUCGGAAUUAUCAUGUGGACGCUUUCUGCUGGUAUUCGUCCAUGGUGUAAUAGACCACAUGAUCUUAAAUUAGCUAGCGACAUUUGCUCUGGUCUUCGACCUGAAAUUAUUGAUGGAACUCCAAAUGUAUAUACUCAAUUAAUGACACAGUGUUGGGAUCCUGACCCUUCAAAACGUCCAACUGCAUCUGAGUUAAACGAAUUAUUAGGAAAGUGGAUAAAUGCUAUAUGUGACGAUCCGCAUUCAUCUGAAUUAUCUUAUGAAUUUGACAUUGCUGAAGAAAAUAAAUUUUCAAAUUUGGAUAAAAAUGAAUUUUAUCAACCGGAAAUCCAUCCUGAAUCUUUUUAUACAAGUCGACAUCUGUAUUUUCCUGAGUUAGUUAAUUAA